CCGAGGGCGCCCCGGGACGGAAGGGUCCAGCAGCCUGCCGGCGCCCGCCGCGCUCGUGGUCGCCGUCGCCGUGGUCGUCGUGGUCGUGUCCGCCGUCGCCUGGGCCAUGGCCAACUACAUCCACGUCCCGCCCGGCUCGCCCGAGGUGCCGAAGCUCGACGUGACGGUGCAGGACCAGGAGGAGCAGCGCUGCCGCGACGGCGCCCUGAGCCUGCUGCGGCACCUGCGGCCGCACUGGGACCCCCGCGAGGUGACCCUGCAGCUAUUCACAGAUGGGAUCACAAAUAAGCUCAUUGCCUGCUAUGUGGGUGACACCAUGGAAGAUGUAGUUCUGGUGAGAAUUUAUGGCAACAAAACUGAACUGUUAGUCGACCGAGACGAAGAAGUGAAAAGCUUCCGUGUGCUGCAGGCUCAUGGCUGUGCACCUCAGCUCUACUGUACCUUUAAUAACGGGCUGUGCUAUGAGUUUAUACAGGGUGAAGCUUUGGAUCCGCAGCAUGUCUGCAACCCAGCCAUUUUCAGGCUAAUAGCUCGUCAGCUUGCUAAAAUCCAUGCUAUCCAUGCACACAAUGGCUGGAUCCCCAAAUCUAACCUAUGGCUAAAGAUGGGGAAAUACUUCUCUCUCAUUCCCACAGGAUUUGCUGAUGAAGACAUUAAUAAAAGGUUCCUAAGUGAUAUCCCAAGCCCUCAGCUUCUUCAGGAGGAGAUGACUUGGAUGAAGGAGAUUCUCUCCAACCUGGGCUCGCCUGUGGUGCUUUGCCAUAAUGACCUAUUGUGUAAGAAUAUAAUCUACAACGAGAAACAAGGUGAUGUACAGUUCAUUGAUUAUGAGUAUUCUGGAUACAACUACCUGGCAUAUGAUAUUGGAAAUCAUUUCAAUGAGUUUGCAGGUGUCAGUGAUGUAGACUAUAGUCUCUAUCCAGAUAGAGAGCUCCAGGGCCAGUGGCUGCGCUCCUACCUGGAAGCCUACAAGGAGUUUAAGGGUUUUGGCUGUGAAGUCACUGAAAAGGAAGUAGAAACACUCUUCAUUCAAGUCAAUCAGUUUGCAUUGGCUUCUCAUUUCUUUUGGGGACUCUGGGCUUUGAUACAAGCUAAGUACUCAACGAUCGAGUUCGACUUCCUUGGGUACGCAGUUGUCCGCUUUAACCAGUACUUCAAAAUGAAGCCCGAGGUCACAGCGCUAAAAAUGCCCGAGUAAAGAAGAAGCCUCGUUGUUCUCCAGGGGCCGAGCGAUGCUUGCGGAUGUUUCUAAGAAAUUUCAAAGCCAAUAUUUGUUAAAACUCAUUUAGUUUGGUUAUCUUGCUUUACAAAUUAUGCCUCUAAACAACCAAUCUAUUUUUAAGUAGAAUGAUGUUACGAAUAUGCCGACUGCUGUCAGUAUGUGGCGGGCUAGAGAUCUGUCCAUCAGCAGAGAGAGUAAAAGUCAGCUUCUUAGCCUUUGGCAAUACAGUCCAUGUUACAUGUGAAUUAUUUAUUACAGAUUUGACAUGACUGGCUACUUUGAUCUUUCAUUUGUUGGUUCAGAGUAUGCAAUGAGAAUGUUGUGGAGAUCUUUUUAAAAAGUUUUGUUAUUAGGGUUAAUUUUAGAAAAACAUUCUUGUUCAGUGUGACCUGUAAAAUGAAUCAUUUACUCUCAGAACGGCAGUCAGUGCCUGAGUAGUAACUCAGGGUGCUCUAGAGAAGCGCCCAUUGAGGAGGGGGAGCAAGGCAGUCACUGUCUUUUGGGGUAAACGUUUUUGAAUUGGAAAUUGGAAAUCAUUUU